AUGGCAUACAACGAGUCACAGAACGAUGCAGCAACAAGAGAAAAGGCCAUAAAUGAUUGGCUUCCCGUCACUUCCUCGAGGAAUGCCAAAUGGUGGUACUCAACCUUCCACAAUGUUACUGCCAUGGUUGGUGCUGGCGUUCUUAGUCUCCCAUAUGCCAUGGCUCAACUUGGAUGGGGACCAGGUGUUGUCAUUCUUAUUUUGUCAUGGGUGAUCACGUUAUACACCCUAUGGCAAAUGGUCGAAAUGCAUGAGAUGGUGCCUGGCAAACGAUUUGAUAGAUACCAUGAGCUAGGGCAACAUGUGUUUGGAGAGAAGCUGGGUCUGUGGAUUGUUGUGCCACAGCAACUGGUCGUACAAGUUGGAGUAAACAUUGUCUAUAUGGUUACUGGAGGAAAAUCAUUGAAGAAGUUUCAUGAUGUGGUUUGCCCCGAGUGCAAAGACAUCAAGCUAACAUACUUCAUCAUGAUUUUCGCUUCAGUUCAGUUUGUUCUGUCUCAUCUUCCCAAUUUCAACUCCAUUAGUGUUGUCUCACUGGCUGCAGCAGUCAUGUCCUUGAGUUACUCCACAAUCGCUUGGGGAGCCACGCUUAAAAAGGGUGUUCAGCCAGAUGUCGAUUACAGCUAUAAAGCAAGCACUAAAACAGGAGCUGUCUUUGACUUUUUCACUGCCUUGGGUGAUGUAGCUUUUGCAUAUGCUGGUCACAAUGUGGUCUUGGAGAUCCAAGCGACAAUUCCUUCUACUCCGGAGAAACCUUCCAAGAAACCCAUGUGGAGAGGAGCAUUCCUUGCAUAUCUUGUCGUCGCCAUCUGCUACUUCCCAGUUGCCUUGAUUGGAUACUGGUAUUAUGGUAACAAUGUGGAAGACAACAUUCUCAUCUCACUGGAGAAACCAGCUUGGCUUAUUGCAACUGCCAACAUGUUUGUAGUCAUUCAUGUUAUUGGAAGCUACCAGAUAUAUGCUAUGGCAGUGUUCGACCUGUUGGAAACUGCAUUGGUGACGAAAUUGAACUUUUCUCCUUCUCUCAUGCUUCGCUUUGUUACUCGCACGAUAUAUGUUGCGUUUACUAUGUUUGUUGGUAUAUGUAUUCCAUUCUUCGGUGGACUGCUUUCGUUCUUCGGAGGAUUUGCUUUUGCCCCAACAACAUACUUUCUCCCCUGCAUCAUGUGGCUUGGCAUCUGCAAACCCAAGAAGUUCAGCCUCUCUUGGAUCAUAAACUAUGUCUGCAUUAUUCUUGGAAUUCUGUUGAUGGUUUUGUCACCCAUUGGUGCCCUACGGCAUAUCAUCCUUACAGCCAAGGACUAUGAGUUCUUCUCCUAA